AUGGAUACUUUUCAAGGAAUAAGAUCUGAGCUGAUCGUAAACUACGGAAACAUGAGAUGUUGUAAUCUCUGCGGUUGGGGAGUUGUGAAAAUCUACGGGCUUCCUUGUCAAUGGCAGAUCUGCGCUAAAUGUCAAGAUUUUGACGAGGAGUUCGUUUUGAUGUUCGGCAGCUUGAACGAUGCUGUCUUCAGAUGUCCAGCAAGCAUGGCGGGCAAAGGCUGUGGGGCGAACGAUCUUUGCUUCAGAGAUUUGAUCCUGGGAACUUGUUGCGCCCGGGCCAUGCGAACCCAUUACGACAUAGGAGGCUGCGAUAUCUUCCUUUUCACACAGCAAUACUUGAAGCGCGCCAAGACACGAGAAGCCCACGCAAGGCUGGCCUUCGUCAAUGGAAAAGAAUGGCUUGCUAAUGCACUGAAAAACUUGAGGGAAGCUAAGGAUGAUAUAUCAAAAUGGAGAGAGUCGGCGAAGGAGAUCGUCGAACAGGCGAUAAAAGAGUUCGCAGCGACGAUGGGCACCGGUCAACCGCCGAGUUUCUUGAACGACUUGAGGAGAAGAGAAGCGAUACUCUUUAAAACCAGAACAGAUCAAAUACGCGAAGAAGUAGAAGAGUCGAAAGAGCUCAUCAGCCAAGCUCUCAGAGCUGGAUACAGAGAGGUCGAGUUGAAAUAUGAAGUUGCUAGGAAGGAAAGCGAAAUGGUCACUCUCCGAUACUUGCAUUUGUGGCAUCGAUUCGUUGAAAGUGUCGAGAAGAUUGAAGAAAAGAUCGGGAACGACAAGAAGAAGGACCAAGAAUAA